AUGUCGCCUGCAUCAUCAACAUUGGAGUGCAAGCCAUCGUCCUCGCCUUUCCGAUUCAUGGAUCUCCCGGCUGAAAUCCGCAACCAAGUGUAUUCCCAUUGCACCACACCUACAACACUUAUCCACCAUGUCGGCUCAGAAGAGCAAGACCUCGACCGUGUGAAAGAGACCCCGGAGAAGCAAUACCAAUUCUUUGGUCUAGCUCUUACAUCUCGACAACUACGACGCGAGUUUUACCCGGUCUACAUGUCAGACUCCAAGAUCACAGUCAAACUCUAUGACCUGCAUUCAUUCCUCGACACUUUCCAUCGGAAUGCGGAUGCUAGUACUCGAGGUACCUUGAUAGUUGGCUUGGACGAGGACAUAGCACCGGUUGAUAUCUUCCCGCUUCUCCGUCUGAGCAAGAAGGCAUUCGGCUUCUCUUGCAAAUUCUGCUCUGAAUACUACAAGCUACCCGACAAUGUUAAGCGAAACAUAAACUUCAACCGCCCCGAUAAGCUCAACAUCCUCGCCGAACUGCACGCUACUGCCGAACACUCGAGACAAAGAUCUGUAGAGUCUCGAUGGAAAUACGCUCGCAAGAACGGAGAGGUGGUCAUAGUUAGGGACGUGCUCGGAAAGAUCAUUCGGUGGGUUGAUACGUUUAAGCAGGUUGGCGAUGCUGCUGUUCAGUAUGACCCAGGACAUGCUUCGCUUCCUUGGGCAGGGAUCCGUUUUCUCUUGCAAGUUGCGGUCAACGACAUCGCCAAAUAUGGGUCGGUAGUGGAAGACCUUGCUCGGGUAGCCGAGCUGAUUUGUCGCUUCGCGCUUAUUAAACAACUGUAUCUUCAGGGCACAUCAAAGGAAGCCAAAGCGCUGGAAUUGGCUGUGGUGAAGCUAUACGCACGCACUUUAGUCUUCCUGUCUACGGCAAAGCAGUAUCUCGAACAGGGAACCGCAAAGCGUAUAGCGAAGAGUGCAUUCCUCACCGAGUCGGAUCUUGGUUUGGGUCUGAACGAGAUACAGGUAGCAGAGAAGGACGUGGAUCGAUGCAUGGCUUUGGUCGAUAAAAUGGACAACACUGAGAACUAUGCAAAGUUAAUAGGCAUUCUAGCACGUAUUGACAUGCCUUUGCGCAGAAUGGAUGACGGUCUGAACAACAUCCAUGAUGAUCUUCAAGCGUCCAAGCGAACGAGAAUCGUUCAGUGGCUCUCACCUGAGCCGUAUAUACAGCAUCACAAGCAGAACAUGCAGGGUGUUCUAACGGGAACUGGGCAGUGGCUUCUGGCUGACCCUAUCUUCAAGAGAUGGAAAGACGACAGCGCAUCCUCAAUCCUCUGGCUCCAUGGCAUUCCUGGAUCUGGCAAAAGCAAACUUGUCUCGGUGGUGAUAGAGGAGGCUGUGGCGCGUUACAAAGCCGGCGAUAGCCCACAGCCGGUCUUCUUCUACUGCUCGCGGAACCCAGCAGAGCUUACGCGUUCUGAACCGCAAGCAAUACUUGCCAGUCUUGCGAGACAGCUAUCGUGCCUUGAGCCUGGAAAGCCUCUACUUGAACCUAGCGUCAGCCUCUACAGAGAAAAGGAAGCGGAAGGGUUUGCGUCUGGGCCGCUCCAGAUGGACGAAACCCUCAAUCUUGUCCUACAGCUCAUCGCGCAGUAUCCAUUAACGACCAUUGUGAUUGAUGCCAUGGAUGAAUGCGACCCCCAGAAACGACAUGAGUUGCUUAAAGCUCUGGAGAAGAUCCUCCAAAACUCGUCUAGCCUCGUUAAGAUAUUUGUAUCAAGUCGAAACGACCAAGAUAUCGUCUUGCGUUUGCGAAAUUAUCCGAACCUCGAGAUUGAUUCCCGGAGAAAUUGUGAUGAUAUCGCGCGGUUCGUAAACGAACAAGUAGAGGAACUUGUUCAAGACGGAAGGCUGUUAUCGUACAGCGACUCCGAGACAGAGAUGAAGAAGCUCAUCGUAGGCAAGGUGAUUGAGGGUGCUGCUGGAAUGUUUCGUUGGGCAAGCAUGCAGCUGCAGUACCUCUGCUCGUUUGAGCUGGACGAUGACAUCAAGAGCAGCCUCGGUCGACUUCCGCCUGACCUGAAUACUCUCUAUGACGAACUUUACGAGAUGCUUUCUACGAAGCCAGGUCGAGUCCAGGUAGCAGUAUUCAAGAAUACUCUUUGCUGGCUUUUGUGCGCUCGGAAAACAUUGAGUACUGAAGAACUCCUGUGUGCAGUUUCAAUAGAUUCCGAGUCGGGAAGUAGCGUGAAGGUACCGUCGAAGGAUCUCGUGUUAAAGAUUUGCAACAAUUUCAUCGUCUUCGAUCCGCAGCUAGACACAUUUCGUUUUGCACAUCUCUCCGUCCGAGAAUACCUGGAGCAGAGGCCUGAAUACGGUAGUACAACGACAAACGCUCUAGCAGCAGAGAUGUGUCUCUGGAUUGUGCUGUCCGCUAGCUCCAACAUUGCUACCGAGAAAUUGCUGCUCCAGCUGGGCUACUCUGCGAAUGCUUUACCGAAGGCCUUUGAACAGAUAUGCACAUAUGCGGAUAUCUACUGGCCUGAGCAUUGUUUUGGCGGCUCGGGCUCCAUUAUCGCGCUAUGGAACAAGCGGCUACGGAAGCAUUUAGCAGAGUAUGACUACUGGGAUGUGAAAAUGCCACUAGAGGACACAUUCCCGAGGGUAGACUCAGAAACGUGUAUUGGUAUAUUCGUCUCGUGCGCUUUCGAUUUUGAGGAAUUAAUAGGGGCUAAAGUCGAAGAUUCAGCAGAAGCAAAGGAUUCUCUGAACCGGAACAACCGGAGCCCUCUACACAUUGCAACGACGAACGGAAGUUGUGCAAGCGUAGCAAAACUGCUGAUGAUGGACCAGCCUCGUGUAGAAACCACGCAAGAAGUGGUGGUCGCAGCUGCAAGGAGCUACCGCAACGGCAAGGAAAUCAUGACACUGCUUCUCGACAAGCGCAGCAACGAGGUCCAGAUCACGCAAGAAGUGGUCGUCGCAGCUGUAGGGAACUACGGCAACGGCAAGGAAGUCAUAGCACUGCUUCUCGACAAGCGCGGAGACGAGGUCCAGAUCACGCAAGAAGUGGUCGUCGUAGUUGCAGGGAACUACGGCAACGGCAAGGAAGUCAUAGCACUGCUUCUCGACAAGCGCGGAGACGAGGUCCAGAUUACGCAAGAAGUGGUCGUCGCAGCUGCAGGGAACGAAUAUAACGGCAAGGAAAUCAUAACACUACUUCUCGACAAGCGCGGAGACGAGGUCCAGAUCACGCAAGAAGUGGUCGUCGCAGCUGCAGGGAACUACGGCAACGGCAAGGAAGUCAUGACACUACUUCUCAACAAGCGCGGAGACGAGGUCCAGAUCACGCAAGAAGUGGUCGUCGCAGCUGUAGGGAACGAAUACAACAGCAAGGAAAUCAUAACACUGCUUCUCAACAAGCGCGGAGACGAGGUCCAGAUCACGCAAGAAGUGGUCGUCGCAGCUGCAGGGAACAACCGCAAGGAAGUCAUGACACUGCUUCUCGACAAGCGCGGAGACGAGGUCCAGAUCACACAAGAAGUGGUCGUCGCAGCUGCAGGGAACAACGGCAAGGAAAUCAUAACACUGCUUCUCGACAAGCGCGGAGACAAGGUCCAGAUCACGCAAGAGAUAGUAGUGUCUAUUGCGCAGAGUUUUGAUGCGAAAGUCAUGACACUACUUCUCAAAAAGCGCGGAGACGAGGUCCAGAUCACGCAAGAAGUGGUCGUUGCAGCUGCAGGGAACGAAGACGGUGGGGGGGUCGUCAAAUACCUGCAUCAAAUAGCAGCCAUCGACAUAACGGAUGCUGUGAUUCAGUCGGCAGCGACCAGCGGUCAGGAAAGCACUCUUCGUCUUUUCGAUCACUGGGCUAAGACUAGUAUCGUGAAAAAAACUUGGUUUGACAUCGCAGGUCUUUGCGCUGCUGCGAAGAAAGGAGACGGAGAGGCUGUCCUCAAAUUCACUCAACAAGGUGUUCCUCCAGAUGAACGAGACACUAGAAGAGUAACUCCGCUGUGGCAUGCAGCCGCUCGCGGUCAUACAGGCACCGUCCGUGCUCUUCUAGAGACAAACGCUGUGAAUGUAAAUGCAGCAAGCGUUAGCAAACUCACGCCGCUCUUCUGGCCUGCCGCUCAUGGUUAUGUAGAAGUAGUCAAAUUACUUCUUGAUUAUGGAGCGCAACAGAGCUAUGAGGACAAGGAUGGCCGGUCUCCGCUUACUAUUGCACGUAUCUAUGGACAAACCAAAGUGGUGGAGAUUCUUGAAACCAAGAAUGUCCGAAACCUGUCUGUAGGAGCAUGA